AUGCCCUCGCAAAUUUCUCCUCUAAGCGUACGAAGAAUCGUGUGGCUGCUGUCGCUCGUGCAUGGUAUCCAAGGCCAGCCCGUCAGGUUCAUAGCGCAACAUGAAAAGCUAGAAGAAGGCCAAUUUCUCAGCUUCCUGUCCAUCUCCAUCCUACUGGUGCUGCUGGGCGGGGUUUUCGCAGGGCUCACGCUGGGGCUUAUGGGCCAGGACGAAGUAUACCUCAAAGUCAUCAGCAGCUCCGGCUCCCCGCGUGAACAGAAGCUCGCCCGCCGCGUCUUGGACCUCAUCUCGAAGGGCAAGCAUUGGCUCUUGGUCACCCUGCUGCUGUCUAAUGUCAUUACGAACGAAACGCUGCCGAUUGUCCUCGACCGUUGCCUGGGAGGUGGCUGGCAGGCCGUCGUGUCCAGUACCGUGCUGAUCGUGAUAUUUGGCGAGAUCAUCCCGCAAUCCGUGUGCGUGCGCUACGGCCUCGAGGUCGGCGCCUUUUUCUGCCCUUUCGUGCUCUGCCUGAUGUACGUGAUGUACCCGGUCGCAUACCCGAUCGCGCUGUUGCUGGACUGGAUUCUCGGCGAAGACCACGGUACCAUGUACAAAAAGUCGGGACUCAAGACGCUCGUGACCCUUCAUAGAACCAUGGGCGUCGACAGGCUGACAAAAGACGAGGUGACCAUCAUUUCUGCUGUGCUGGAUUUGAAGGAGAAAAAAGUGUCUGAGAUCAUGACACCGAUCGAAAACGUGUUCACCAUGAGCGCAGACACUAUCUUGAAUGAUGACACAGUCGAGGAAAUAUUCAAUUCGGGUUUUUCACGUGUCCCCAUCUACCUGCCGGGCGAGCCCACCAAUUUCAUCGGCAUGCUGUUGGUCCGUGUGCUAAUCUCCUACGACCCGGAGGAUUGUCUGCCCAUCUCCCAUUUUCCCCUGGCCACUUUGCCAGAAACAUCUCCCAACACCUCGUGUCUGAAUAUUUUGAAUUAUUUCCAAGAGGGCAAAUCCCACAUGUGUGUGGUUUCGAGCGAACCUGGAAGCUCUGCAGGUGCGCUCGGAGUGUUGACUUUGGAAGAUGUUAUCGAAGAGCUUAUCGGUGAAGAAAUCGUGGACGAAUCGGAUAUUUUCGUCGACAUCCACCAGCGAAUCAUGAGGGAACAACCAGGCCCAUUGUCGAAAAGACACAUCACUUCCUAUCUGCAUUCUCUCUACACCACUUCUCACAGACACUCGACGGAUUUCACCGAAGAAGAUCAGCCACUCCUCAACAAUCAUGCGCAGACAGACAAAGUGUCGAAGUCACCACCCCACAACUUGCCUCCUCAUGAGAAGCCGGUAAUUCCAUCGAACUUGGCCUCUAACCCACUUAAAGUGGCUAACCCAUACGUAAAGAUUAAAGACCCAGCAGAGCUGAAUGGCCGUGUCAGAUCUCCGACUUUCAGAAAUAGAGAUGGGUCGCCAAACUACGGUGGAAUGGCAACUUCUCCAAAACUUCACUUGGAUGAAGCACUUGAGAAGUUGAACGGGCGAAAUGCCCACAGCGUCCACAAUGGUGGUACAAUCCCUUCCAUCGAAGAUCGAGCAAUCAAUAGAGAACAUGCAAAUGCAUCCGAGCGAGCAAUGGAGCAUACUUUGCAAACUGGUGAAAGCACACAUGUAACUACGACAAAACAAGAAACACCGCAGCCGACCACACCUGAAGAACAAGAUUCGAAAAUUUCAAGCUCCUCGACCGAUGUUUUAACACCAAAACCAGAGCGAGCUACUUCUAGUGAUCCUGAAACUCGAAUGAUCUCUUCCUCCUAUCGUUCAACAAAGAAUGGAAUAGUGGAGAGUGUGAUCACUGUCAAGGGGGUCCCUAAGACCAUUAUUGCACCUGCUAAAAAGUGGGACGAGUCACAAGAGGUUAUCAUCGACGAAGGCCGCAAUAUACAUGAUAAUGGAGCAGAAAGUGACGAGUCUGGUCAUCACUCUUCGUCUGCCAGGCCCAGCAAAAGCCGAAGAGGAAGCAUGUUCAGUCUUUUCCGUAACCCCAGCGCGGGUGGCAGCGCAUCAAGCAGUCGUCCUAGAUCAACACAUACAUCUGCCUCGUCAGAUAAGUUAAAUUCCGAAGGUCUUGGUGACAAUGAUGGCUACUUGAUGAAAGACAAGCCUCAAUAA